AUAUUUCGAAUCUAAUAUCUCCUGUAGUAAGAAUUUUCAUAUGUCAAAUAGACAGCUGAGAUACAAAAAUAAAGGAGCGUAUGAUGCUCAGGAAUUAAGACGAAGAAGGGAGGAAGAGGGAAUUCAACUUAGAAAACAAAAGUGGGAAGAAAAUUUGCAUAAAAAGCGAAUUAUGCAAGGAAAUGAUGAAGGAAAUGAUGAUCUUAAUAUGGUACAAGAUGAUGAAGAUAUCAUGUCAUCUAAUAAAGUCCCUAUUUUAGAAAAAAUUUAUAGUGAUAAUAUACAAGAACAACUUGAGGCUACUCAACAAUAUAGACGAUUACUAUCUCAAGAACCUAAUCCUCCUAUUGAGCAAGUUAUCAACCUAGGUAUUGUUCCUAGAUUUAUACAGUUCUUGGAUCAAGAAGAUGACUCAAUGUUGCAAUUUGAAGCAGCCUGGGCCUUAACUAACAUAGCAUCUGGCACAACAGAACAGACUAGAGUAGUCAUAGCGGCAGGAGGAAUUUCAAGGUUUGUAAAACUUCUACAGUCACCUAAUCAAGAUGUCAAAGAACAAAGUGUGUGGGCAUUGGGUAAUAUAGCUGGUGAUAGUCCAGAAUGCAGAGACUUGGUAUUGAAUACAAAUUGUCUGCCUACAAUAUUAGAAAUUUUAAUGAACCCUAAAACGAGAUUAUCGAUGCAGCGUAACUCAACUUGGGCACUUUCUAAUUUAUGCAGAGGAAAAGAUCCACCUCCCAGCCCUGAAAAGGUCAACGCCUGCUUAGGUGUACUCACGGCUCUGACUUGUAAUGAGGAUGCUGACGUGGUGACGGAUGCAUGUUGGGCUCUCUCUUAUCUCUCGGACGGGUUGAAUGAGCGGAUUCAACCUCUCGUUGAGUGCCCAGGACUUGUUUCCGGACUCGUGAGAGUUUUGGCUCACGCCAAGCCUUCGGUCGUAUCAGCGGCUUUGCGGGCUGUGGGCAACAUCGUAACAGGCGACGAUUCUCAAACGCAGGCUGUUAUCGAUCAAUCGGCCCUUCCAUUGCUCCGCAGUUUAUUAAAUCACUCAAAGGAAGCUAUUAAGAAAGAAGCUUGUUGGACAAUUUCCAAUAUCACUGCUGGCACUAAAACACAAAUACAGGCUGUUAUCGACGCCGACAUAGUCCCUAUUUUAAUAUCAUUACUGCCCAAAGCGGAGUUUAAAACUAGGAAGGAAGCUGCUUGGGCUAUAACUAACGCAACCACUGGAGGGAGUCCUGAACAAAUCAAGUACAUUGUACAACAAGGAGCAAUACCGCAAUUAUGCAAUUUGUUAUCCGUCAUGGAUAUCAAGAUGAUACAAGUGGCUUUGAACGGACUGGAAAACAUAUUAGCUCUGGGUGAGCGAGAAUUUACCAUGAACGGGCAUCCUAACUAUUAUUCUAUCAAAGUAGAAGAAUGUGAAGGUUUGGACAAAAUCGAGCUUUUGCAAAGCCACGAAAACGUGAACAUCUACAAAAAAUCUUUGGCUCUUAUUGAAAAGUAUUUCGGAUCUGAAGAUGAUGACAUCGAAACUUUCGCGCCUUCGGCCGGAGAUCAGGCAUUCAAUUUCAACACGGAAGGUCAAGACAAUAACAUGAUGGUCGCUGGUAACCAAGGUAGUAAUAACCCUGGCAACGUCCCUUUUCAGUUUUGAGAAAUCGAUAUGGAGAUAAUACAUAUUCAUAAUAUAUUUGCCAGGUUCCCCUUCCCCUACAAUUCCUCUUUCCCCAUCAUAUGUCCCUAUUUUUUGCGAUUUUUUUUAUAUUAGGAAUAUUGUGCUCUGGGUAUAUUUUUUGGAAAGUAUAGUCCACCCUUUCAUCAUUGUUUGUUCAUUCUUACUGGUCGGUUUCGCAUAUUUUAUUUUUAAUCUCGCUCUUGAAAUAUUACCCCCUCCCUUGAAACGAUUUACGACUAAAUAUUAUUUAUCUAAACAUAUGCAUCCAUAACAUUAAUAAUUUCUAUACCUUUAAAAAAAUUGAAAUUUCAUCCAUACUCUUAUCACAAAUGAUUGAAAAUGCUUUUUAUUACAUUGAACCUAUUCAUCGUUUGAUAUAUAUAUUCAUAUGAUCAUUUGGGGAUUCAUUUUAAGUAAUAUAAAUUUUUCAUUGUUAAUUGAUAUCCUAAGUAAAUUUUUUCUAUUAAUAAUCUAAGCUUAAUUAAAAAAUAUAUAAAUUAUUAUAGCUUCAUAUUUUUUUCAUAAAAUUAAUUAUAAAUAUUCAAUAACAAUCAUUACAAUAUAAUUAACUCCCUCCUCUCUACUACAAACGAGUUUUAAUUUUAAUAAAUCCCCGUUAUCAACCCUUCCAAUUAGAUAAUGUUAAUAAUAAAGAUACACUACAUUAAUCAUAAUUACUAACCAAGAAUUAUAUUAAUCUCAAUAGAAAUUCAUAAAUGCAAAGGGAUAGGACUUACCAGCUUUGGCUUUACGUGUGAUGUUGAUUGUUUGGACUUAUCAAUGAUGGUCCAAACAAUGUGUUGUUUUUUGUUUUAAAAUAUUCAAUCUAGUAUAGUUCAAAUUAGAUUGAAUUUUUUUGCGCUCUCCUCCACUGGUGGGGGUGGGAUAAAAAGUCAUAGACUUUAUUUAAUUUAAUCAUUGUUUGUUACGAUUAAAUUAUUCCUUAAUUUAAUCACUGUUUGUUACGAUUAAAUUAAUUUUCCCUGUGAUUCUAUCGGAAACUCUGUAUUUAUUUGUACAUUAUGAAAUUGUUAUAUAAUUUUAAUAUGAAUAUUUAAAAAAAUUCUAUUCUGGCAUAGUUACCUAAAUCUCAAUGCAUGAAUUAAUUAUAUUAUAUUUUGUCGCUUCUUAACAUUGAACCAUGAAACAUUAAAGAAAAGUUGUCAACUAAUUUUUUAAAAGUUUUAUACAGAAUUCGUAUUAUAUUAUAGUUAUAAUGGGGGUGUUUACUCUCUUGCAAAUUUAUAAAUCUAAUUGCUUUGUAAUUUUACGAUGCAAUAUCUUCAUUUUUCUUACAUCAUCA